AAUGAGGAUCGGUGAAUUCUAACAAUCGCGUGUAACAGCAAAGGACAUUAUUAAUUGCAAGAGAAUUAUUUUUUAACGAUGAAGAUCGCGGGUUGUUGAAAAAAUAUGAACCUUGGAAAAUUUUCGUUGUCAAUAGUAACACUACUUUCACUACAAAACUGCAAUAUAUUAAUAACGACAACGAUACGACUGUUGAGAAGAGAAAACAAAAAACAGUUGACAAUCGUCAAAUAAUUGAAAGCUGCCUUCAUAGGCGUCAAUUCUCAAAAUUUUGACAAUUUUACCUCUCUCCCUCUCUUUAUCAUUCUUGCCAACUGUAAAACAUUCUAAUUUAUUGUGUUUUUGAUAAUAUUUUCCAAAGUCUUUAAUACCCAAAGAAUAAAAGGAGAAAAAAAAAAAUAAAAAUUGUACAGGACAAAUGUAUUCUGAAGAUUCAUAUGAAUGUCCAAAAUGCAUCGAUUAUUAUGGUGUUUUAAAUUUAAAAAGAGAUUGUCAAUUGACAGAUGUCCAAAAAGCGUUCAGACGUUUGGCCAUUCAAUAUAAUCCUGAGAGGCAAAAGGAUAAAAGCGUCGAGGUUGUUUUCGGUUUGAUUGCAGAAGCGUACGACGUCUUGUCGGAUCCUCUCAGACGAGCAGUUUAUGAUCAGUAUGGCGAGAAAGGUUUAAAGAGAGGUGUACCAGGACCAGAAGGUUGUAUACAACCCUACGUUUUUCAUGGAGAACCCUUAAAAACAUACAGGGAAUUCUUUGGAACGACGAGUCCUUAUGCAGAUUUAUUAAAUAUAGUAGAACAUCCUUUAUCCUGUUUUGAAACAUCUGAAGGACGUGAUGUCAAGCGCAAAGAAGAACCUUUGAUAAAACCCUUGUUACUAACUUUAUCCGAGGUAUAUUUUGGUGGUUUAAAAAAAAUGAAAAUACAAAGACUCGUCUUGAUCGGCGAAGAUAAAGCGACCACUGAGAUGAAUGAAAAAAUUCUUACAAUACACAUCAAACCAGGAUUACCAUCUGGGACUAAAAUUGUUUUUCCAGAAGAGGGAGAUCAAGGACCAACAAAAAUUCCUGCUGAUAUAAUUUUCAUUACGGAGGAUCGUCCACACGAAAUAUUCAAGCGAAAUGAAAAUAAUCUUAUUAUGACUGUUAAUAUUUUUUUGCGAGAAGCUCUGACAGGACUGUCAAUUACAGUUAAUACAAUCGAUGACCGAAUUUUACGGGUUCCAAUUACAUCAGUAAUUACACCUAAUUAUCAAAAACGAAUAACAGGAGAGGGUCUACCAAUUGUAAACAAUCCUAAAGAAAGAGGAGAUUUAUUGAUUGAUUUUAACAUUGAAUUUCCCGUUUAUAUGCCGGUUGAAAGUAAAAAUUAUAUAAAAAAGGCAUUUAAGAUUUUACAUGAUACUGAGUCAACAGAGGACACCGAGUAUAUUCAUCGAUUUUUACUUGCUGAUAAAAUACGAAGAAAUGUCGAUGAUGACGUUCCUUUACAAAGAAGCCCCGACGAUGAACUAAAUAAAUUAGUUUGUUAAUUAAAAAAUUGAACAUUCUUUGAUAAUCGCGUUAUAACGAUUUUAUUUUAACGAUCUUUUGUAAUUUUUAUUAUAUAUAUUUAUUUGUAAUAAAUAUUCAAAUCUAAGAAAAAGAUUUU